UGUCAGAAAACGGAUCGUUGCACUUUUUUUUAUCACAAAAGCGCUGAAAUCUUUUAAAAAAUUAAGUUUUUAUAUGGAUUUAGUAUAGUUUACCAAAUUGUACUUAAUUGUAAAAAUGUUCUGGAGUGCGAAUUAUGUGGGAAUGAGGGAGUUGAAUUUCCUUUUAAAAGAGGAGAACGUAACGUUGACACAAAUCUUGGAGGCGGAUGAUAUCCUGCAGGAGUGUAAGGCGGACAAUAAGGCUCUAAUUCAGUUUCUCACAAGAUCAGAAAAUUUGGCGGAGCUUAUAACGCUCAUAACAGAAGAACCACCCAAAGAUGUGGAACUGACGUCACAGUACCGGCACUCCAACAUAGCGUGUGAGGUGUUAACCAGCCAGUUGUCAACACUCAGCCACCGCCUGUGCAUGGACCCAGUGCAAAUGAACAGACUCUGUGACUUUGUGAACAGGGAACCACCUCUCAAUCCUCUGUUGGCUUCAUAUUUCAGUAGAACUGUUGAAAUGUUGCUUAAAAGGAGUCCAAAACAGGACUGUUAUCUACAUCACAUAGUGUGUUUUAGAGCAUUAGAUUUCUUUAAAGCUCGAAAGGAUUUCUUGCCCAAUCUCCUGAGGCAUAUUUCCACAUCAGCUAUAGCCGACACCUUCAAGUAUUUCAUAGGCCUUUCAGAUCCAUUUGACAAAAUAAUUAUGGAGUGGCUUGACGAACAUCAAUUCCUCGAGAAGAUGAUACAAAUAGUGUGUUGUAAUUAUGAGCCGGAAGAGAUCCAACCAGCACCAGUGCCUGUCACGUCGGAGACACAGAGCGAUGUGGAGAAGGGGCUCAAUGAGCAGAGUGAGAAGGUGGAGACCAAUCACAACCAUGUCAACACUAGUAGCGAAUCUGAUAAUAGUAUACAAGAAGAGCGUAAACUACGUAUGCGCGCGAUAGCGUCCGCAAACGCCACGGCGCUGCUCUGCGAUAUGACCAUGGCAAUUGCCGCUCCAGAUAUAACACUUAGUGAGACGGAGUACGGGCUGACGACACGUCUGCGCAGCGCGGCGCUGGUGACGGCGCUGCUGCAGGGCGCCUUCACGUGCGCGCCCGCCGCCCGCCGCCACGCGCUCGUCAACGCCUGCCGCCUGCUGCUGGCGCUCACGCACAGGGAGAGCGCGAUAACCGUGGACGAGGGGCGGGAAGUGGAGCUGGCGGUCGCGCCGCACCUGCCGCUGCUGCACCAGACUCUGCUGCGCGAGGUGCCCGAUGCGGGGGUUGCGGGAGUCGCGGGGGCUACGGGUGUCGCAGGGGUCGCGGGGUCUGCAGGGGUCGCUGGGGGGCCGGUGGGUGCGGCGCGCGUGCACGUGGCGGCGCUGAUUGCGCGGCUUGUAGUCUCCGACGUGGAGGACGUGCACAACGCUAUAUUGAGCCUCGGCACGGUGGGCGUGUUGCUGGACAUGUUCUUCACGCACGCGCACAACAACUUCCUGCACGCGCAGGUGUGUGAGCUGCUGCACAACAUAGAGGUCAACGAGAAACAUUCGCAACCCUAUUAUAAACAGAUAUUAGAUGAGUACGAUUUGCCGACACGUCUAAUGGAUGUUUUUGAAGCUAAUGAAGACAAGAAGGUGCGGCCGCGGGCGGCGCUGAUGGGGCACGUGGCGGCCAUGUGCCACUCGCUGCAGUGGGCCGGCGUGUGCGGCGCGCUGCAGGGCCCCCGCGCGCAGCGCUGGGCGCGCUUCGUGGCGCAGCGCCUGCAGCCGCUGCGCGCGCGGCACGACACGCCGCUCGGCGGAGAGUUCGCGUGGGAUAUGCUUCAGAUGAAGCCAAACAAAGAGAACUUCGUACAGUUGGGUACUGAGCAAUUUGAGGAAGAUUUCUGGAAUAGCGACUCGUACAAGGAAGUCCUCGGUAAAGUCUUUAAAAUGUGUUCGCAAAUGUUCGAAAAUUCGCGCGGUUGGGACGAAGGCGCAGGAGAGGGGGCGGAGAGCGCGGCCAGGGACUUGGCCGGGGACCUGGGCCUCGCGGGCGCGGACCUCGUGGGAGCGGACCUCGUGGGAGCUGAGAUGUACCUAGUGAAUAAAUUUAGCUAUAAUAAAAUCUUUUGGAUUCAACGCAAGUGUGAGCUACAAAAAAUGGUGAAGCAGCAGUCCAAGGAAGACUACGUAGUUGUAGCACAAAAUUCUGCAGGGGGCACGAAUAGUGCGCCAUAUAAUUUAUUACAGUUACUAUAUAUAAAUAAUAAUAAAAAAAGUGUAUGUUAUCGAAAAGGUAUUAAGGACCUCGCGGCCGCGGACCGCGCGGCCGAGGACCGCGUGGCCGAGUUGUUCGCGGGCGCGGGCCUCGGGGACUCGGGCCUCGCGGACGCGGGCGCGGAUGAGGGCUGGGCGCACUUCUCGGACGUGUGCCCGCCGCCCGUCGACCCCUUCGCGCCGCCCAGCACGUGGCCGAACGACGACCCAGAGGUCGAUCUCUCCCAAAAGAUGGAGAACAUGGACGCGAAGUUCGGCGAGAUGGUCUCUCUGACCAACAACCUGCUGUCCGCCAUGAGCUGCAUGGCGCCGCAAGACAUCGCCACCAUCGUCAACGAUAACGCUAUCGAUAACAUCGCUAUACCCCUGAUACAACCGGAAAAACCGGGACUCGAUGCCGACAACACUAGCGCGCCUAGUGAUGUUACUAACGUUGACGUGACACUCGGUAAAACAGAUGUUAACACCGAUACUAAAAGUGAAGAAAAGAGCAAUGAUAGUUGCGUAGCGAAAGAAACACCGAACCCUAUUGCUGAUGUGAAUAGAGUUCAAAAUGAAGUACACAUCUCGCCGUCCGCUAGUGCAUCUAGCGACACUCCCAACACCGUCCACGAUAACGUUCACGAAACCAAAUCGAGUGAUAACGAUAGCCAAUGCGAUGUCGAUACUAGUGCCGGCAACGAUAGUAGCAAUAACGAUAGCAACGAUACCAGCAAUAACGAUGGCAACGAUACCAGCAAUAACGAUGGCAACGAUACCAGCAAUAACGAUGGCAACGAUACCAGCAAUAACGAUGGCAACGAUACCAGCAAUAACGAUGGGAACGAUACCAGCAAUAACGAUGGCAACGAUUCCAGCAAUAACGAUACCAGCACCGGCAACGAUACGAGUUGCGACGACAGUUCGGCCGAGAGAUGAUUUACUCACACCCACUUAGUCCCACAUUCCUAUUGUCUCGUCACUUCGAAAUGUGGACCGGUAGCAUGCGUUAAACAAACGAUUUGAUUGCUAAUAACAUCGAAAAAUAAGCUAAUUUGACAUUAAAGAAAAUCAUUUUAUGAUCGUUGCGAGAAUAAAGGUGCAUAAUAAAAAUUACCGAAAUUUAUUUUAACUAAGAUUCACUAUAUUCAUGUUUCACUUUUAACUGAAAACUUAUUUUAGAAUUAAUUUAUUUUACGAAACAUUGAAAACAUUCAAAUUACUAAACUUAUACAAUUUUAUUGAUAAAGAGGAACGAGUUUUGCUAGAUAGUCAUUUCUUGGGAAUAAGUAGGUAUAAUUCAUUUUAAAGUUUAAAAUUUUAUGAUGGAACUUUUUAUGUGUAUUAUAUUAUUUUAUAUUAUUGAUAUAAAGCGAAUAAAAACAUUAAAACUAAAAAAAAAUAUUAACAGACUGAUCACAUUUUUUUAGGUAUUUGGACUAGUGAUAUCACUUUCUUAUUAAAAUUAUUUUAAUCAUUAUUUUAUGUUCAUUAGCUGAAAUUUAGUCGUAAGUUUUUAUUUUCUUGUUAUUUUAUCAUAAAGACCAAAUCAAAUCGUUUGUUUAAAUACACAAAACGAUGUGGUGCUACAGCCUCUAAAUAUCGGCUUAGUUUAUGCGAGAGUAUUUCGAUCCAAAUCCUAUAUCUGUUUCGCUCUAACAUAGCCAAUUGUGGCGCUGUUAGAGUGAGACAGGUGAUACCCCUUAUAUGUAAAUAUUUUAUUCGUUUGACUGCCUUAUAUGAAGUUUCGUAUUAAAAAAGUAUUGAGCGGUGAUUGUAGACUUUUGAGAAUCCAUUCUAAGUGUUAAAUACUCUAAUAAUAGAAGUCAUAAUACUUGCUCAACGCGAUGGGCAAUGAUCUAGUUUUUGGUGUUCGGUAUUUCGCCGCAAAUCGCUGCCGAUUUUAAUAGAUACGUUUGCGGCAACGUGUGCAAAUUUUGACUAAAAAUAUAAUUUUAAUUAAAAAUAAGUGUAUAAAGUAAGGCAAUGUUAAAAUUGAUUCAAUUCUACAAUUUUUGUGUUUUCACUUAACGUAGUGCAAUUUUUAGAAAUUAAAAAAAAGGUUAAUUAAUGUGUAGUGACGUCAAUUUGAGGGUUGCCAACACGCGCGGCGACUGAGGGAAUGAAAUUAACGAAAAAGUCUCACACUGACUUGCCUUAUUCAAUGGGCGCUUAUUAUCGUAUAGUCACACCGUGUAUAUACUUCAUGUAAAUGUGUCUAGUUAGUUGAAACUUCGAGUAUCCAUUCGUCACUUAGGUAAAUAACCCAUUGACCACCGAGCGGCCCGAUCGGGAAUCGACACAAUAGAUUUUCUAUUGUGUCUGGGAUUCCCGAUAAACAUUAUUCUAAAGAGAUCUGUAAUAAAACGUAUCUGUCCUCCAUUUUAAAUGCUAGCAUUUUACUCUUUAUAAUAAAAAUCGAAUGUACCUCUGCAAUCAAACUGCGGCGCAAAAGUCGAACCGACAGUGCAAAGUUUUAUACAUUUUUGUGAAAUAUAUUGGACCAGUAUUUAACAUAGAGUCGUAUUUUGUAAAUAAAUUAAGGACCUCAGUAGUGAUCUACCGUUCGCGAUCGUCGGUAGAGCGCCCGUUGCCUUGCUCAUUUAUACAGUCUAAAGUAGCUUUUAUAAAUCAUUUUAUUUAUAUUGACAUGUGUUUUUGUAUCCAUUGAAUUAACGUCGAAUGUUGAAUACACUCUGGAUACAACGACCCAUAUUUUGCAGAAACUAAGAAGUAUUAUAGAUAUAUUCUGAAUUAAACGCUUUCAUCGCGGUCACAUUAAGGAUUUUUACAGUAAAUCUAAAAUUCGGCAUUUUCAAGAAAAAUUAACAGAGAACUUUAGAUCUAAACGGUGUCAGGUUUGGUGACCGACGCGCGAUUACUUGCGGUUAUCGCGGACAGGGCGCUACGACGUGUUCAAUUUGAUAUGGUUAGGUUAGGUAUGUACAUAAAGUAACGCGUAGCCUUAAUAUUGUACCUAAUGUAGAUGAAUUGCUUAGCUUUUGACGGUUUAUAUCCUUUGUUUCCGUAACAAUCAUAUCGAAACGUUAUAUCAGUCACAUAUCGGCGUGAAGCGGGAUUUGUAUAUUGUUCGUGGAGUUUGUUCCACGUUCACUUCAUCGAUAUACGUAAGAGUGGUGUUUUAGAACCAAACAUUGUAUCGGAGGCGAUCUUUCUUAUCUUCCCCACCACUAUUCCGUCCCCUGCUCAUCUCUACUCAAGAAACUUAUAAUUUAGUUGACUCUGAGCUUUGGCAGGUAAGGGCUUCCAUUUAAAAGCAAUUUCCAACACAAGAUCGUCGCUACAGAACGCGCAAAGUUGCCUCUCACGGAUCUGUAUCGAGUCAGUUUCGAUUGUUAUUUUUAAAGUGAUUAAAUACUGUUGCUUGUUAUACUUGUAGUCAAUUUGUUGUCUAUCUGUUGAUAUUGGUGUUCAAACUGUUUGAUUUGAUGCAAGUUUAUAUAAAUUUUGUUUACCCGUAAGGUUCGUAAAUUUUAUCCAUGUUAUGGGUCGUUAGCCUGUUGUGAAUGUUGAGCGAGAGAUUGCUGUACUUUUGUAUGCGAUUGCGUGAUAUUUGUGUUCUCUUGGAAAUAGUUUAUAAACGUUCAAAUUUACUUGGAAACGCGGGAAGAGUGGCAGUUUUCUCUCGUGACAUAAUUUUUAGCGGCCUCAAAUUAGUUCAGACAAUGGCGAGUAUACAUUUUGGCAGGAAACGUUUGGAGUCAUUGUUUACUGGCGAGGCUCGCGCGGAGUACUGUACAUAUUGUUUUUAUGUGACGAGAUGGCUAUUUAUGUCUGUAACAUUGUAUAUCUGUGCCGCGAUCCAACACGCAUAUUAUAUCGAACAAUAUAUCAUCUGUGUUAUUUUAUUAUUAACAUGUAAACGUUAGCAACUUUAAUUGUAUUUGUAUUUUUCAAAUGAAAUAUGUAGUUUGUGAUGACUUCGAAAAUACUGUGUUAAUUUUAAUGUGUUUACAAUGUAACCUUUUUUCAUGUACCUAUUUAGAUCGAUUGUGGUUGUUUACAUUCAAGCAUAUUUGAUGUAUUUAAAAUAUUACCCUUUGGACUGGAGGUCAAAAUCGUAAAAAUAAAUCACUUAAAAUUGUAUAUUUUUGUGUA